AAAUUGCAAGAUGCACGGGUUAAAACGAAGUCUGAUGAUCAGAACAGUCUGCCGUGGAAAGGCAACAACUGCAGGAGCAGAUCUACCACAAUCAUCACAAGAAAUCGAAGUUACCACCCCAAAAUCAGAAAAUGUUCCAGCCAAAUCAGCGAACGCUUCAACUGUAUAUCGUCCGCCAUACUAUCGAAAGCCACAUCAGCACCACGAGCCAAAGCAUAUGCUCCAAGAGGAAUUUGUGAACGCUGGCGAUGCAUCUGGAGCAGGAGUUCGCGUUUUCGACUACUACAAGACUGCAGAAAUGGUCCAUUCAAUGCCAACAAUUAAAGAGAAAAUUGAUUUCGUCUCACCGUACGAGCGACCGUGGACCCGCGCAGAAAAGACAUGGCGUAGAGAUUGGCAUCCAACGUUGAUGGCAACACGCAAAGCUUGGGGAAUUCCACCGACACCGGCACAUUUUGAUACUUUGGAUUAUUAUAAAUACCUUACAAAGACCAGAGUAGAAAAUGAGUCACUUGAUGAUUUUUAUCAUGGAUUAAGACCUCCGACAGCUGAUUUGCAGACAAGUUUCCAAAACACUCUAAAAUCAAUGGAAUUCGGUGAUGGAAUCAACUUUUCUGAUGAAGACACACAAAAACUAUUUGGAAGUUUAAUUGAUGAUGCAAUGGGUGGAAUUGCUCAUAAUGUAUCCCGAUUGGCAGAUCAUCGUGUGGCAUAUGAUGUUGAAUCUGAAGCUUUCUGGGUACGAAGUGGUUUCAUGUUUUUGUAUGAUGAAGAAGAAAUUGGAACUCGUGACGUUAAGAGAAGGCUCAACAAUUUCCCGAAAUUCAUUGGCGAUGAUCGAAGAAAACUUGGAGAGCUCGCUUUUGUGCAUCGUGAUAAACUAGCAGCUCAAGUUCGUUCGAAGGAACCAUCAGCACCACUUCAUUCAUUCGAUUCUGAAGAUGCAAAACUUCCAAUUUUCGAUACAAACUACAAUUUCGAAGAGACAUUGUUCUCGCCAAAAGUGUAUAAUUUGUGGCCAGACCAGGAACCAUUGUGGCAGUGCCCUGGAUAUCAUGCAGAUUCUGGAGAAUCACACACUUAUGGUAUUCUUGGAGUGAAAUCAUUGAGACCACUGAGAAAACGAAUUGCUCAUUGGAUGGGAUGGGAGAAUGAGAAUGAGUUGGAGAGUAGUGAGGAAGCUAAACAAAUGCUCGACGACGGAGCCCGCUCCCAAGCCAUCAUCAGCAUGUUCACCACGUUAUGUGCUCAAGCUCACACUCAUGGAUUCACUCAAUAUACAGAUAUUACACGUUCAUUCACUUCUCAACUAGUUCUUUCGGACGGAAUCAACUUUUGGUUUGCGAUUGGACAACUCAAUACUAUUGCUAUAAAUGUAGAAUGUGAUGGAUUUGUGAAUCCUCGAACAAACUACAUUCGAAUCGAUGGUCCAUAUCGACUUUUCGAUUAUUGUGAUAAAAAUGGACAAUAUUUGAGUGUUCAGGAGGAGAUUGAUGCGGAGAAUAAAGUUCAGAGAAAGAUUGCUCCAGGAUUGAACGAAAAAGUGUUGGAACGUGUCACUCAGAUGCUCAUGAAACAGUAGAUGGAUUUGUAGAUUGAAUAUAGCGUUAGGAUGUUUUUGUUUAAAUAUUUUUGUUUUGUUUUUUUCUAUUUCUGUUUGAAACUUUAUAUAAACCAAUUCUAAAUAAG